CUCAAGGGCUCGUUCUUGGUCGGACUUCCGAUACCGCAGCGCACUGCCUAGACCCUCGUGCGGCUACCAUGGCCAUGGGUCUGAACUUGCUGGCAUGUGUCAGCUUCGUCUUUGUCUAUAAGGCUGUCGGCGAGGGGGAGGAUUUGAUGAUGGAGCUUGCGGGCGAGGUGCUCUCCAACAAGCAGGCGCUCCUGAGCAUUCCUUGGGAAAUCUACAGGGACACGCCGUCAUUCAGGGAUGUUGGCUACGUAGGCGAGUUUCCAAUUAGCGAUUCUGCUGCUACCGAGAUCCACCUGAGCUCGUUGCAGACUGGACGGGAAAUCCAAGGAUUCCCACCAAACGUUGUGAUUGGCAGGGCCUUGGUCAAAGACUCCCUCAAGGUCACACAGCCUCCUGCGAAUUUUCGCUGGACGGGCAAAGGAGGUGAGGAGAUCAAGCACUUGAAUGGUCUGACGAACCCUGCGGGCGAUCUGACCGUGUGGCAGUGGCAAAGAAUGAGGUGGUCUGCUGCGAAGGAGUGGCUGGAAUACUGGGCUGACCGCGGGGCCGCGGGCGGCGACAGGUUGGCUAUCAUCCAUUCCAGCGGUGAUGUCCUCUACGGCGGCGGCUGUGACGAGAACACGAUCGUCUACAAGUACAACAGGAUCGUCAACGCGAGUGGCGGCACGCAGAAGAUCGUGAUGGCGGCGGAGCUGAGUCCUUGGCCAGCUGACCUGGGGUGGAGUUACAACUUGACUAGCUCUAGCUGGGUUGAGGGCAGGAGGGCCGACGUGCUUUCGGACUCGAGCGUGCCCGAUGGAUGGGAGUCGACAUACGCCAACUGCACCGACCCCAGCAUGGGUCCGUGCAACUCUUCACCCAAGUACAUGUACGCCAACUCCGGCUUCAUGAUGGGUACUAUCGACGCUCUCAUCGACAUGAUCGCAGAUCUUGGGACUACCUACAGCAGUUGGGACAAUCGAUGGUUCAACGAGUACUACCUGAAGAACCCUGCUACUGUGACUCUCGACUACGCUGGCAUCUUGUCCAUGUCUCUCCACAACAUGAAUCUCGGAAGCCUCCCGCUCGAAGUAAACAGCACCAGCACGGGCAAGACCAUCCAGAGCAAGUUGACAAACGGUUCAAUUUGCUUCUUGCACGGCAAUGGGAACAGCUUCGCAACUCUUCAAGGUAUCGCAGGGGAGCUCAAGGCCUAGACGUGAGCAGUUGUAGGCAAAACGAGUCCAUAGUCUGUUUCGCUUGGAUGCGUGCGCAUGCGUAAUCACAUACGGACAUGGCAGACAACAACUUCAGGAGCUGGGUUGGGAAGCCCCACCCGGUCUCGGUGCAUCGUGCCAAGCAAGAACACCUCACAGUGUUAUUGCGUCGUUGAGCACAGGUGGCGUGUGUUGACGCAUCCGAUGCGAGCUUCCCACGAGCGUUAGAUGUUCAGGGACUCUUUGCAGGCUGCAGUGCCUUCUUGCUCAGCUCCUCCCUGCCCUGCGCCCGAAGUCCACACGAUUCCGCGGCAACACAUUUGGUGCUGAUUCCGCGUGUGGCGCUGCAACGCUUGCCUUGCAGCUCGCUGCUUUUAUUUUGAUAUCCCAUUGCCUCUGCGAGUGCUCGUGGUGCUGAUUUGGGUCCACAUCCGGCAAUGGAGAGCCCAUCAGGGUGCGCGCGCGUCGCGCUUUGAUAAAGUUGAUCCUUCUCAAUCUCUUCGCUGAGCAUGCUUCCUCGUUCGCGAAACGUGACGAUAAUUCACAUGCAGACCGUGUGGAUGUGAUGGCCAGG